UCUAUAUCUAUAAAUACAGAUAUAUAUCUGCAUAAGAUAUACACUAAUUAAGCUAAAGAAAUGGAAGGAAAGCAACAAAAGCAUUUCGUUCUCAUACAUGGUUCAUGCCAUGGAGCUUGGUGCUGGUUCAAGCUCCAAACACUACUGGAGGCGGCCGGCCACCGUGUAACGGUGAUUGAUUUCUCAGCAGCCUCCGGCAUGGACCCGAAAAGCCUAAAGGAUGUUCCCACAUUUAUCGACUAUACACUGCCGUUGUUCGAGAUAAUGGAGUCAAUUCCACCAGACGAAAAGGUAGUUCUAGUUGGACAUAGUUAUGGUGGGAUAAACUUAGCUUUUGCAAUGGAUAAAUACCCUCAAAAGAUUUCUGUUGCUGUUUUUGUUACUGCUUAUAUGCCAGAUACCGUCCACAGGCCAUCCUAUGUUUUGGAACAGUACUUCAAACGGUACACGAUGGAGUAUUUGUUGGACACUCAAACCAUAUAUUAUGGAAAACCCGAAGAUAAUCGUACAGCAGUUCUUUUUGGCCCCAAGUUCAUGUCGACCAGAUUGUAUCAACUUUCCCCUCCAGAGGAUCUGAACUUAGCAAAAACAUUGGUGAGACCGACGUCUCUUUUCCUGGACGAAUUGUCGAACAGCAGUCCACUUUCCAAUGAAGGUUAUGGAUCUGUAAAGCGUGCUUUCAUCAUAUGUGCUUCGGAUAAAGGCAUACCGAAAGAAUUUCAACUUUGGCUAAUUAAAAAUUUUGAAACGCCAAUAGUUAAGGAAAUAAAAGAUGCUGAUCACAUGGCAAUGAUCUCGAGUCCCCAUAAACUUUGCCAAUAUUUAUUGGAAAUAGCAAAUGUAUUUUAGGAACUGUUUUCCUUUACAUGUGUAAAAGAAUAUUUUGUGUGACAAAAUAUUCUCCCUUAUGUCCACUUGAAAAAUAAUGUACAUGUUGAAAAAUAACGUACUCUUUUAAUAACAAGUUUUUAAUUUGCGUGUAAUAUUAUUUUAUGGAAGAUUGUGUGGUUGAAAAUAAAAAAUAGAAAAAAAUGAGAUGAGAAUAAGGGCAAACGGGGGGCUUAGUUAGCAAAUGAAAUCUAAGUUUAGCAUUCACGGUUACCCGAAUCUUAUUUCCAUGAUUGAAUCACAAAAAAUAAAUAAAUAAAUAAAUAAAUAAUAAAAAAAAUUUAAGAAAUACCUAACUCAAAGUGAAGAAAUAACUGGAAGAGUGAAAGUGAUCAUUUUAUCUUGACUUUAAUUAUUGAACGUCAAAAGGGAUAAGAUAUAAAGAAAACAAGUCAAGAGCCUCUCGGGGCACAGUUCAACUGGUGGAUCAAUCAACAUUGGCUUGCUUCCAGUGGGUGGAGAGUUCGAUUCCUGGUGGGAACCUGCGGCCAAAAAUUUGGUAUGGAGCAAUCACUGUGGAGGAGGGUCUCUUGUGCGCAGAAGUGUACAGUCAAUGGGGGGAACUUGUGAUCAGUUGAGGCAUAUCCCGCGAUUUAUCCCCUCCAAGGUUCUAGGGGCAUGGGUCUUGGAGGUCCAGAAUUUAGUUUGGUGUAAGUUGGGAUACCUGAAUAUAGAGCAUAUAAUUAUGGGAUUUGAAAUAUUUUGCUCACCGUGAUUUUAUAUAUUUCGAGAGUUGAGGCUCUCACCUUUAGUAGAAUGGGUAGAAAGUAAUAAUUAUUUUGUAUGGUAUCGGAUCAUGUUGAUCGUGGUUCAACUGUUGGACCUAAAACAUGUAAGUUAUUCAGGUCCCUUUGAUAACCUUUAAAAGUAAUGAAAAUUUAAUUGCAUUA